AUGGAUAAAGUGGAUCCAGAGAACUGCACAAAGCCGUCCAAGUUUGCAGCUAUAAGGACAAAGUGGGACAAAUACGCGAAUAGCGCAACUCUACAUGGUCUGUCACAUAUUGUCUCCAGCAGAACGGUUCUGCGACGAGUCUUAUGGUGUAUAUUUCUUUUCACGGGAAUUGGGUACGUGUCUUAUCAAUGGACGCUGCUUGUCGUGAAAUAUCUUAGCUACCCAGUGAACUCAAAAGUAACCGUGGAAUUCGAGUCAGCCCUUGAAUUUCCAGCCAUAACAAUCUGCAACUUCAACAUGCUGAGACAGUCAUUCGUCGAUCAGGAGAAUUUAGGAAAUGUUGGCAAGUACGUGUUAAGUAACAAACUUCCCUGGUGGGAAGAAAAGACAGGCGAAAUCGAUUGGAAACGCUUUGAAAAUAUCAGCACUUCGGCUACUUAUUCCAUGGCAGGACACCAAAUUAAGGAUAUGGUUAUGGAAUGCUACUGGAUUGGUGAAAUGUGUAGCUUUCGCAAUUUUACACCUGUUUUGACCUCUAUGGGGCUUUGCCACACAUUUAAUUCAGGUCAGUAUGUUUGGUUUUGAAAACGCAGGUCGUAUUUAAAUAACUGUAGUUUACACAUGAAUGUAUAGGCAGCAUAUCUUUUAAAGAAAGGAAUCUGAUACACGAAAAGGAUUGUUACUUUUUCCGAAAAUCUAGCUAAGCUUACGUUGCGCCAAAAUAACAUUUUAUCCUUUUAAAGACAAAAUUAAAGAAAUUUGCUUUCUCGGUUUUAAUGAAAACGUAUCCAACACAAUGUUUUAAGGGAAACAAAUAUCGCGUUUCCACUCUUUAAAUGACCGCGGUUUUUUUUACCCACAUACUGUUUGGUGCUUGUAUUCACCUUACAGUUGUGAAAAUAGUUGUUUUGUUUUGUUGACUUUGUUAAAAAGUUAGUGAUAACAGCACUAUUGUCAGUACCAUGGCUUCAGAGGUUCGCUCUAUAGCCGGUAUCUUGGUUUGAAAGAGCUUUUAAGAAAGGAGUUAAAUUUGUUCCUCUGCGCGUUUUUUGCUCAGUUAAGAAUCCCUUCCCCUCCCUCCCCAAACACCCCCCACGACGCUUUGUUGACAAACUCCGUAUAAUCAGCGAGGAUGUUAAGGAGGGGUGUAUAAAGGCGGUUCUUUUUCGAAGGGGAGGGGGUGCUUAUUUAAUAUUUUCACCAUAAGGUCGAUCUUAUUUAUUUUAAAGAAGAGCGCAUAGUUGAAAGGGGCCGCUCAUUUAAGCGUUACGGUACUAAUUUUUACCUAGUUUUUAUUAGCCUGCAAAAACAGCCGUUUUCCCUCCCUUCUCGAUCGACGUUGGGGAAGUUGCGAGAAACGUUGCGAGGAACGAGGAAAAACGGCUGUUUUCGCAGGCUAAGUUUUUAGAGUUUAAUUUUAGUCCGCAUAUUACAAGUCCAGUCCAAGGCCCAGUUGUUCAUAGAGUUUCUUUUUCUUUUUGUUCAAAAGCAUUUUCUAGCAUAAUUUUCACUAUUCUUUAUAAUACAGCAUCCAAUCAUCAAAUAACAGACAAAAAGAGUUAAAGUGAAUCUGCUUUUUAAGCUUUCAUAUCUGAAUUUAAAUUUCGCAUUAACCCUUGUCGGUUAUUUAAUAAUCCAGCUUUGAACAACCCAGCCGAGUCCACUCUGCAAAAUGCCGCUGUCACAGUCAUAUGGGCAUCCCCAUUAUAUUGGCAUCCCCUAUAAAUCUAACCCUAACCCUAACCUAAAUCCCUAGGGUAAUAUGAGAAGGGUAUGCUCAUGUCACUAGGGUUUUGGGAAUUAAGAAGUCCAAAACGCCAAUAUUACUGUAAGUCUGUAACACCGUCAGAAAAAUUUAAUAAUAUAUUAUCCUUGAAACAUAUAAUCUCAGCCCACCUGCGAAACACUAGUUCUAAUUAACAUCACAGCAGGAUUCACGACGAAAACGUUUUAGCGACGGUUUAAAAGCUUCAAUGUUGACUUACCGGUGCGAUUUGACGGUCCCUCACAAAGCAUAUACCGUAAAUCCUCUAUUAAGCCCCCCCUCUCUAACAAGCCCCCCCUUUUCAGAGGAGGAAAGUUAAUAAGCCCCCCCCCUCCCCCUCCCCCAAUCCUUAUUCUUCACAAAAAAAAUUAACGAUUCACGUGGACUGAUCAGUUAUGGUUUAUUCAUAAAAAUUACUGAAGAACAUGAGGCCGAAAGCACAUUUUUGAAGAAUAAAUUUUGAAUUUUGUUUAAAUACUUUUUGCUAUAAGUGAUGCGUUUCGCUAAAUUAAAUAAGCCCCCCCCUCUCUAUUAAGCCCCCCCUCAAAAGUGCUUGAAAAAAAUAAGCCCCCCGGGGGGCUUAAUACAGGAUUUACGGUAAUACUUCAUGUGCAAAGAUUCAUUUUCUACUGCAAUCGUCUUCUUAAAAGUUUAAACCAGGUUUAUCAAUCACACUUUACAAUUUCUGCGAGGAUAAAAACUAGAUAAAAAAACCUCUGCUUUGUCGGAAGGAUUCUCUUUUAAAUUUUUUUGCCAAAAAUUGGCAAAACGACGCUCCACUUACAUACAAAUUAAUUAAACACCCCAUAGCAAUCAGGUAAUGACAAAGAAUAAAUUGUAAGCGGAAUUUAUCUCCUAAAAUUAAAAAAAAAAUUGUGAAAGAAGAAUAUGUACAUCCUAAAACAACAGCCAACCUCUUUGGAAAAUAAGAGGGGAGGCCUGGUUGUUCUGCAACGGUUUUAUACCUUAAAACUCUUCCAAGAGUCUCGCAAGGUAGACUGGAACUUCUUAAACGGGCAAUCCCUUUUUGGACGAAGAGGUAGGGUAUGUGUCUCUCAAGAGGAUAUAAUUUUCCGUAGAUUUAAUAACCCUUUCACUGCCAGAGUGUUUGAUCGAGUUUUGUGAAGUGAUUGUAACUUUUGAGUCUGUGGAUGAAAUCCCAUGAUGUGACCAUUCAAAUGAAAGCUCUUCAGUAGUACUUUCACAUGGUACUAUUUAUUUAGUAUGUAGUUCUAACUUUUGAGUCUGUGGAUGAAAUCCUAUGAUGUGACCAUUCAAAUGAAACCUCUUCAGUAGUACUUUCACAUGGUACUAUUUAUUUAGUAUGUAGUUCUAACUUUUGAGUCUGUGGAUGAAAUCCUAUGAUGUUACCAUUCAAAUGAAAGCUCUCUGCCUGUACUUUCACAUGAUGCUAUUUGUUUGUCAAAAUUUUAGAAAAUGAAAUUUGGAAAUUUGCUCGAAAUUUGCCUUUGGCCACAUUUGGCAGUGAACGGGUUAAUAGGGUGAACAAAGAGUACAGGAUUUCUCUAUUGAGCAUCUUGAGUAGGGUGGUUUUCUGGACUGGAAGCCUGAAACAUGGCGGUGAGCUGUCUAAAUGCGCAGUACCGACAAUUUUUUUGCGCCCUUCUACUGGAAAACCGCGGCACGAGUUUAGACUAGUCACCAGUCUUAUUCUUCAUCAUCAGGUCAAGACGGAAGUCAAAUCUUAAAGGUAAACAAGCCUGGCGCUGAUUCUGGUUUGCGCGUCAUGUUAAACAUAGGACAUGAUGAUUAUUUUAGUCUGCACGCAAGACAAGCUGGUCUUAAGGUUCUUAUUCAUCACCACGAGACCCCGCCCAUAGUCGAUCAACUUGGUUUUGCAGUGGGGCCUGGUGCGAGUACGUUUGCAGCCAUCAAGAAAGAAAAGGUAAGGAAUAUAGACCUUUUUAGCUUGAAGAUUCUUUAAAUUCCAAUUCAGACCACGUGAUGUUCUCGAAAUCAUCGUGCAAUUGUUUGUGGGAUCGUCACUGGGGACGCCCCGAUCAAUUACUAGCCAUCUAGUAACAGUCCCAGAAUUCUUUGCAAAAGUUAACUCGUUUCCAGUUCUCUUCUCGUUAGCGAACUAGUUGUGCACUACCGUAAAUCCUCUAUUAAGCCCCCGGGGGCGAUUAUUUACUUCAAGCCCAUUUGAGGGGGGCUUAAUAGAGACUGGAGGCUUAUUUAAGAGGGGGGGCUUAUUUAAUUUAAAAACGACAAUGGUAUCAGUUCCCCAUAAAGAACUAGAUUGCAAAGUGGAAAAGCUCAAGUACAAGAAGUCUUAGGCUAUGCAGCGGAGGAUCAGAAUCAAAUCCGAUCUUUCAGUUGGUAAAUAAACCAUCCUGGAUCAGUCCACACGAAGUUUUACAGUCGUAGUUGAUUGAUACAGUCUAUCAUUUAUUAGUGAAGAAUAAAUAGGGGAGGGGAGUAGGGGCUUAAUAGAGAGGGGGGGUUAUUAACUUUCUUCCCCUGAAAAUGGGGGGGCUUAUUAGAGGGAGGGGGCUUAUUUGAGAGAGGGGGGGCUUAAUAGAGGAUUUAUGGUAAUAUGCUUUAUUAAAAAUUGAAUCAUUGGUUAAUGCAAUUCUAGAGCUCUAAUUGGCUUAGCCAUCAUAGAAUAUGAGCCAUCACAUCAUGCUCUCCAGAUAUGGUAACUGACACGUCCGCUAAAAAUUAAAACAAGCUAAAAAUCGGUCGUUUUUACAAAUUAAGUCAGGAAGAAUUCUCGAUAUUUUGUGGGCGUUUUUAAUAAAACAAUUAUUCCACUCGCGCUUGUUGGAUAUGAGUUGAUCAUAGCCAACGUGCACUCGUGGAAUGAUUGUUAAUUGUGGAUACGGUAACAUUUCAAAGAAACAAUUCUCUGGGAUAACAUCCCAUGAUCUGAAAUGGGAACAAAACAUACAAGCUAAAAAGGUCUGCUGACAAAAAUAAGAAAAGUAUACUAAACUGGACCGUCAGAACGUAUUGCCAUAGUUGCCAUAAUUAUUUUACAAAACGCUUUUCAGAGCGUUUACUUGAGCUUCGUUGACCUAGCAAUAUACAACAAACAAAAGGUUUCAGGCUAAGGAACAUGACCAAAUGAUCCGAAUAGUACGUUUGAGUUAGGAAGAGAGUUAGAUAGUUUGAAGUCCGAAGUUAAAGUUUAUUAUUCAAUUUUUUCUCUUUACUCUGCCUUUGUUUACAUUUCGUUUUGUUUCAGACAUUGAGUCUCAAAUGGCCUUACGAGAGCAAUUGUAGUGAAACUCCGAUAUUCAGUAUUCCAGGCUAUAAUAAGUACACGACUUCUACCUGUACGUUGAUCUGCAAAAGCAAAUAUCUGGUUGACAAAUGCGGCUGUAGGGACCCUAGACUUCUUGGUAAGUGCUACUUAAAGUUUGUAUGUCAAUCUUUAAUUUUUUCAACAACGAUUAAAGUUUGUCAUCAGGGGGAGUUUUUUAAAUGGAAAAAGACUCUUUCUUAGAAGAGAAAAAAUGGUACACCAUUGCGGGAAGAGAUUUUCCCGGUUUCCAGACGAACAACUCGUUGCGAAGCUCGAGCAAUGCCGAUCGUUUCGGAUACUUAACCGAAACUGGUUGACCACGAAGGCUUGAGAAAAAUUCCCACAGGAUAAGAGCGAAAUUUUCAUAUCUACAAGUGAAAUUUCUGCUCUUUCAUAAGGCCAAUUUGGACAAAAGAUUACUGGAACAGGGCUAACGUUUUAUUUAUUUUGAUAUAUAUCUUUUUGGCUUUUAGCUGUCGGCGACGCUGAAGAAUGCGGUUUAAAACAAACUGCGACUUGUAUUUUCCGUGAAAACGGUAAGGUCAAUUUUGCGUUCCUCAGAAACACCCAAAUACCUUGUUGACGUUGUCAUCUUGAUGUCCUUGGUAGCUGCCCACUAGAAUGAAUUCUGGUCCCCAGAGCCCCAGGCCCCCAGCCGUUCUGGGCGCGGUUAUCUGGGCUGCAAGAAACGUGGUACUCACUUUCGGGCUCUGCAGUCAAAGGGGCCAGGAGUAAUGAAAGUGUAAAAACUCUCGACGAAGUGUGGCCGAAACCUGCAGGCUUUUUAAUAUUUCAAGACACUCCCGUCAAUUCUUCACCAUCCAAAGAGAAAAAUACUCCAAGAUUCAUUACUGCUUAUGAUCAUUUUUUAACUCCUUUUCUCUUUUUAGACAAUUUUUACAAAGAAACCGAUGAAAGAUGUACCUGUCCAGUUCCCUGUGAAACAAUCAGUUUUAACCCAGUUCUGUCUUUCGCAACAUUCCCGAGUGAGAAAUAUAUCGCUGAAGCGACGAACAAACAUGUUGGAAAUGUUUCCAAAGAAGAAAGACUGAAAUUCCGUGAAUUUAUCAGGUACAAGACAGGGGGGGAGGCACCGAGCAAAUGGUUAUUAGUGAGCCUAAGCAAAGACGUUUUGGAGGGACGCAAAUUACGCGGAAGUGCAGUGUUUUCAUUCUUGGGCAAUGAUUUUGCUCAAAUUUUUGGUCAAAUUGUCUUCAUGAGACUAAAGGCACUCAGCAAUCCAAAUUUGGAAGCGUUAUGGCAAAUUAAAAGGGAAAGAGACUCACUUCCGCUUGACGUGCGUCGCUCAAAAACGCUUUAGCUACCUAUUUACAAAAACGGUCGACGAGUUGAACUCGUGCAGAAGCUCACAAUGAGUGAGACAGCGCGUUUAGACUCUUAGAUAAUUUUUGAGUUAAUUUGCUUGUAAACUUACUUACGAGAUUGCAAUCAAAUAUGGCCGUCGAUCUUCUAGAUGGGUUGUCUCCAUGGACUUUACUUCCAAAGAUCUUCAACCAGCUGAUGAUCCUACACCAGCCAAGGCAAAACACAGCGAAAAAUGGUGGGGCUUGUCAGAUCUUGCGAAGACUGGACAAUUAAAAAUGUUGAAUACUAAGUAGAAAAAAACAUGAAAUUGAUCUUUACGAAAAGAGGACUGAGAAAAAAAAUAACAAGCAAAACAAAUGGUGAAGUUUAUUUUCACGAUCCUCCUGUGGAGGGUUAGUGUAUCAUUUUUUUUAAUGCUAUAUCCGUUAAUAGGAACCCUUUUUGGCUUUGUGGUCUUUUAAUAGGGUACCCAAAAGCAAAGGAACUAAUCUGAAGUAGAAGUCUCCUACCGAGGUCGUGACUUCGACUCUGUCUUAAGUUUAAAAAUCAGAUCUCCUUUUCCCUAGGCCGUGGGAGAUCUGGGUACAUGUUAACGUUAUCGAAUUUAUAAAACGAUUCACUCUGGGUUUGCUCUAGAAUUUUAGUAAACUAUCCACUGCCGGCCUAAUUUCUCUUAAAUAGUUAUCUUUUCUCGUGUUUGACCCGUAAUUUUUUAGUUUUAUAUAUCUUUCUAUUUAUCUUUAUUAAAAUAAGGUCGAGAUUUAAAAACCUUCGAACAGAUGAAAACGACUGAUUGUCUAUAAUUAAUUAGAGAAACUCUCUCAUUGAGCUAAUCAUUGUGCUCUCUCAUUGAGCUAAUUGUUUAUGAUUAAGUCGAGAAACUCUCUCAUUGAGCAAUCUUUUGCUGUAUGUUAAAAAUUUUUUUGCAUACUUUUAAAAUGAAGCCAUGUUUCUUCAUCGUUACAGCUCCAACGUCUUGGAAUUAAACGUGUAUUUUCAAGACCUGCAAGUCAAAGUACUGACACAGCAACCGGCGUAUGGAACAGAAAGUCUCUUGGGUAAGUACGCAAGCCCCAUUAGAUAGUAAAGCGACGAUCGCAAUGUCAUUUUAAUCAACUUUGACAACUUGAGUCGUGCAAUGACGGCAAAGAAACCCGCCAAAAAUUGCGCUGCACGUUAAGAGUUUUUGUUUCGCUUAUUUUCUCGUUUCUGUCGUCAUUGUGGUUGCGCUGAGCUCCGCUGUGAGCGUUACCACGCAAAACAAUUCUUGACAUGCGAAGAUUUCGACUGAAAAACUGACGAUUUGAUGAAAAUCGCGCGUCGAAAUCGACGUCCGCAGGUACGCAUACAGAGGCGCAAAGAAGGGGUUUUUCAGAGGAGUGUUGAACAGGGGGUAAGAAAGGGUAAAGAUGGCAAGUGAAAGAGAAAGCCCUUUAGCAACCACGGUCACCUCCCCUAGCAAAAGCCAAUGAAGAAUGCGUUUGCCUUCCCAAAACAGUCCCGUGGUGCAUCCAAACACAACAUGGACCCAGUUCCACGCGGAAUAUCUAGCUGGAAUUUUUGGAAUUUUUUUAUGGAGAGCAGAAAUCCGGAUCACCGGAUCACCCGGAGAAAAAGGGAGAGAAGGAACAAUAAUCUCAACCCACAUUUGUCGCAACCUUGGCCAGGCGUUGUGGAGAGCGGCACAAAGGGGCUGAGAGUGGAGGGGAAAAAGCGGAUAACAGGCCGGGAAUAGUUCAAUAUCCUUCUUGCAUACGGGGGAAAACGAGCAAGAUGAAAACUGACAACUGUGAAUAAUUAACCAUGGGAAUCUAAUGAAUAUUAAUAAGGUAUAAAUAGGGGGAACUGCUAACUUUUCUUUGGGCAGUCCCAGUAUCUGAAAGCCUGGAACAGACUACACUUGUCGUCGCCUCCGGUAUAAUAGGGACCUUACGUUUCUGAAACGACUGUGAAUUACUAACGUUUUUAACCAUUCGGCUGAAAGUAACGACUACCCUAAAGUAGCAGCCCCUUUUGCCUGCUAAAUUCGAACAGGGGCUGUUAUUUUCGCAAUUCUACGGUAACACAAAAACGUAAAUAAAAACCUACCUGUUUUUUUACUCACCAGGUGAAGCCGGAGGUUUGCUUGGACUCUGCAUUGGUGCCAGUCUUUUGACUGUCAUGGAGGUCUUUGACCUCAUAAUCAGCAUAAUAGCUAUAAAGCUAGGAUGUAUAGCUACGGACUCGGCUUAA